AUGAGGGGUGACCUCUCAAGAGCUGAGUGGGAUCCAGAGCUUCAGAAGGCUGUCUUGACAAAGCAGAAAGGUAAAUUGCUACAACACAUGGGGCAUCAGAUGGGGAACCAGACAUUACUGUAUCCUGAAGAAGCUCUUUUCCUUUUGGAUACUGGUCGAAUGGAGAUAUAUUAUGAAGACAUGCCACUUAGUAUCCAGGCAGGAUAUGCUUUGCUGCUGAAGAACCGAGAAGCUCUCUAUAAAUACCAGGUUUACUCUCACCUAACACGCUUAGGCUAUACUGUGGUGAAGCAUCAAGGAAAGAUUAAUAUAACACAGUACGAAAAGAAGCUAAGAAUAGAUCAACAUAUGAAAAAGAUGAAAAGGAAGCAUCACAGAUUAAGGAAUGAAAAUAAAAUUGAAAAGGACAUAAUAGGUACGGCUGAUAUUACUACAGUUCACAAACCCAAAAGGGACUGUGAAGAACUUAGAAUUGUUUCUCCAUUGGAAUGCUGUAGCAUUAAUGGAGAAAAUGCUUCAAAUGCGAACACUGGAGCACAAGAUUCUCAGCAGUCAGAUGAUGUUGAAGUUGUAUACGUCUCAAGUAAAAAGGAUUCUAGCUGUUCUUCAGUAUAUAACGAGGAGUCAGCAUUUAACCUUACAGAAAAUACUUGUGAUAGAAACCUACUUCAAGAAAUUACACCUGGUGAUGAACCAGAAGUUAUCUAUGUAUCUCCAUCAAUGAAACAGAGAAAUCCAUCUUAUCUGGAGAACUUCAGUGCAAUGUGUAAUUCCCAGACAGGUACUAAUUGUGAGAAAAAGCAAAACACUUUUGAAUUUCCUAAUAUGUAUGGAAAACAGCAAGUAAUUUUGACCAAGCCUCCAGCCUGUUUAAUUCCUUCCAGUAUAACCUUCCAGAAUGAUUCUUAUACUUUUGAUGUUAGGCUCAUGACAAUGAAAGACACAGAAAUGAAAAUGAAGCCCACAGACUUUAAUAGAUGGACUAGCUCUUCUCCUCGUCACCAUAGAAACAAUGAUGAAGGAAUACGAGAGAAAAGAAGUAGGGAUUAUUACAGGCAAAAUUUUAGAAAUACUGAAAAACAUAAGUCCUCAUUGUAUGAUUCCCCACGAGGUUCAUCCUGGCAGAGCUCUAAUUGGUCAAGAAAUGACAAUUAUAAUCAGUAUUCAUGUGAUUACAGAAACUUCCAUGCCAGGAAUUUUAGUGAUCCAGGAAUAUAUAACCAGCAAAGCACAUCUCAAGUGUCAUUCCAUCAAGGAUACAGUAACUACCCACUGCAGAACCAGUUUACUGCUCAUGCCUCAUGGAGUUACUAUGGCCACCAGGGUCAGGUUUCAUCAGUAGGAGUUUGUGAACCUACCAAUAUCAUGAACAGCCAGUGGAGUUCACAAUCACCAUACAUGUUUUCAAGUUACUUUCAAACAAAUGAAGCACCACAUGGCACCUGUUAUGGAAGAGAAGCCAGCAGUUCUUACAUUCAUCGUGAUUCUUAUAGCUCAACUAACCAGUCUGCUUUGGUUAAUGAAAGUGUUGUGCAUGAUCAGAAUUCAAACUCCAAAAGUUAUAGUAACAGAGAUUUCUCAGAGGCUCACAUGAAAAACCAAAGAAAUGAACCGAAAGGUAGUUCAGAAAAGCUAAGAAAUCUAAAUGGCAGUUCGUGUUCAAUGAGGCAUCAUCGAAAUGAGUUCAGAGAAAUGUGUGGUAACAAAAGAAAACAUCCAUCAUCAUCAUCAUCUUAUGUAGAAAAACCAGAUGACUAUAUAUCCUUGAUCCCAAAACUUAAUGUUCCUGUUUCUAAUUGGAAUGAAUUUAAGAAAGAACUUUUAAAAGAAGAGUCUUUGGAAAAGUUGUUGGAUGGACCUGGGAAAGUUCUUUGGAAGGGAGUUGUUAAACCUUUGGUUCAACCUGUGGAAGGCCUUGCUGUAGGCCAGGUUUGGAAUAAACUGAAUGUGAUUCAAGGCACAAGUUUGACAUCAUCCACGUCUUGUUUGGGAAAGAGUGCAGAGACAAAGUUUCAGAUUGAUUAUGAUGUCUACUUACCUAACAUAUCCUUUCGUAAAUCAAUUCCAACAAUUCCGAGCCUUAGAGUGGUAGUCACAUGGGCAGAAGAUGCAGUCCCUGCUUUGGCAGAUGUUGUUGUCUUGCAACGGAACCUCUGUGAUAAUGUACCUCUACAGUUUGCAGUUGUAGAUAAUGGUGAUUUAGCUUUCUACUCUUUUCAUGAUGUGAGCCUUCCAUCUUACAUCCCUUUGUCUUGGUGACAAGUAAUCAGGAGAAAAUACUUUUAAAAAUAAAUAAAUAUCUAAGAAUUGUAUAAGAAAAUGUUUUGAAUGGAAGUAUCUUCACAGAGAAGGAAAAUGUAAUCAACAUUGGAUCUACGUUGCACAUAAGUUGUAUGUAUGCGUAUGUUCACACCAGAUCGACUAACAUUUUAAAGUUUAACUCUCUCGCUAUGUGCUUGGUCAAUUCAAUUUAAAUCUUAAUCCCAAAUUGACCUUUAGAAUUUCCAUAAUAUAAUUUUUAACAUGGUUUAUGUGUCUUCAUAAAAUUUUUAAGGGCAUUCAGUAAGCAUUUCAAGAUUUUUAUAGACAAAAAUUCAGAAUUUUUAAUUAAUUUUCACUAAAAACUUUUUCCAUGAAUAGAUGGUGUAAAAAGACUUGACUGCUCCAAGUGCCAGGUGAUUUUCAUGUUAAUAUCAAAAACACUUUUGUUCAUGUGAAAAUUGUCAAAAUUAUUUGCAUAAUUAAAUGAUUUUUUUUUUCAGUAAAACUUUAUAUUUUAUUUGUUCUUAGUCCUAACUCUAUACAGAGUCAGUCAAAUUGACUGACCUUAUAACCACUAUAAAACAAAUACAAAAUAAAUGACCAAAUAUUACUUCCUAGAAUGACUUCAGUUUGUAACAGAAAACUAGACUUGUUUAUCCGAAAUAGCAUAAAGCUAGUUACAGUAUACAUCUGUUUAUACUUAAAUGUUAGUGUUUUAUUUCCCAUUGAACCCUGUGUAACUAACAAUCCUACCAUAUCUUACUUUCAGAUUAUGUAAUGCAGAAACUACUAGUGAAUUGCUCACGAUUGUAUGACAUGAUAACUUUUUAUUAUUAUUUUUUUUCUUUAUCUAGCCUGAUCUAACCAGUAAGUUUC